GCGGCUGGAACACGUACGGCUCAGUCCGCCGGGGCGGCCGGCGAGAGCGCGCGUGUGAUGCGCUGUCGCUGAGAUGGCCGGCGCUCGGGCGCUCGUGGCCGUCUGCUGCUGCUGGUGGUGGCUGACCAACGCAGCCGCCACCGAGCUAGACUUGUUGGCUGCGCUGUCGCUGCACAACACUACGCGAACCGGAGUCAGCGCUGCUCCUGGCAUGCAGCCUCAACGGACCGCGUACGCCCUUGACGGGGACUCGCGGUCGCUGCAGGUGGAAGGUACGGCCUUCGACCACGCCAUGGAGCUUCUGCGACGAUCGCCAGAGUUCACAGUCCUAGCCGCUCUUCGACAGGAGCCGGCUAACUCGGGAACAAUUCUAUCCUUCUCUCACGGAUACAACAGGUAUCUGGAGUUGCAGUCAAGUGGUCGUCGAGAUGAGGUGCGUCUUCAUUACGUGGAGGCAGGUGGCGUAACGGCCCGAGUGGAGACCUUCCCGUUUCGACUCGCGGAUGGCGCAUGGCAUCGGGUGGCACUUGCUGUCUCAGGGGCGCAAGCAACUCUGCUCGUUGACUGUCACCCGCUAUAUCGACGAUUAAUACCACCACCAGACCGGAAUUUUACACAACCACAACUCUCAUUGUGGGUAGGACAGAGAAAUAGCAAGCAUUCUUUAUUUAAGGGAACCCUUCAAGAUGUUAGAUUGGUGAGUGGGCCUCACGGCUAUUUGGUACAGUGUCCGGGACUGGACUCUGAAUGCCCUACUUGCGGGCAGUUCUCACUGCUACAAGCCACUGUACAGGAACUAACUUCACAUAUCCAUGACCUUUCACUAAAGCUUGUUGGCGCCGAAGCAAGACUGGCGCGUUUAGAACAAUGUGAUUGCCAAAAAUCGUGUUACUCUAAUGGGACAGUGCACGCAGAUGGUGCAACUUGGCAAAAAGACUGCAAUCGCUGCUCUUGCGUGCAUGGUGAAAUAACGUGCAGGCCAGUAGAAUGCGACAGAGCGGAAUGUAAAAAUCCAGUGUUACAUCCAGGAGAAUGCUGUCCCACGUGUCUGAGACAGUGCCUCCUAAAGGGCACGCUUUAUGAACACGGCGAGCGAUUCGCUCCCAAAGAGUGCGCGGAGUGUGUUUGUCACGACGGUAAUAUGCAAUGCGCACGCGUCGAUCCCGACACAGCCUGCCCACCGCUACCCUGCGACGCCCCGGACCAGUUUACUGUACCCGGGGAGUGUUGCAAGUUCUGCCCUGGUGUGGACUACUGUAGUAUGGGACAUUCGUGCGAUGAAAAUGCUACUUGUAUGAAUCUUAAUACAAAGUACACUUGUAAAUGCAAUCAAGGAUUCCAAGGGGAUGGAAUCACAUGUGAAGAUGUAGAUGAAUGUCAAGCGGCUGGUGGUCUUUACGGUCACCACUGUCAUUCCAACACUCGUUGUGUGAACGUCGUAGGAGGGUACGUGUGUCAAUGUCUUCCGGGAUACACCAGGAGGGAUAAAUUCAACUGUGUUGAGGUGGACGAGUGUUUGAGUGACACACAUGGAUGCGAUCCUCACGCCGAGUGCAGUAACACGCCUGGUUCAUACACCUGUCUGUGUAGGGAGGGAUACUCCGGAGACGGUUAUACAUGUACACCUAUAUGUAGCGGAGGUUGUCUAAACGGCGGUGUAUGUGCCAGUCCGGAGCACUGCGCGUGCGCACGCGGUUUCGCUGGCGCUCGUUGCGAGCGGGACGUUGACGAAUGCUUGCGUGCGGCUCACCCCGCAGCGCCGAGAGCUUGCGUGCCGCGAGCCGCGUGCGUCAACACCCCUGGCUCAUACUACUGCGUCUGCAAGAACGGCUAUAGAAGAGACCCCCAUAGAGAUCACUGCGAAGAUGUUGAUGAAUGUGCUGAAGGCUUUCAUACCUGUCAUCCAAGCGCACGGUGUGUUAACACGGACGGAGGAUUCAGAUGUGAAUGUGAUACAGAAAAUUGUGAAUUGAGUUGUUCAUGGCAAGGCCGCAUCGUGUCUGACGGCGGGCGGUGGUCGGAAGGCGGUGGAUGUCGGGCAUGUUCGUGUGCCAGUGGGGUGGCUACCUGCGAGGAUGCUGUGUGCGCCUGUGACACGGACAACACGUCGCUAACUUUCCAGAGCUCGGAGUCUAUUCCCCUGGCUCCGUCGUCCUGCUGUCCUCACUGCGAUUCUCGGUAUCACUGCCGUCACCAGGAAAUGCACCACGUAACCUUCCGUAGCGGCGAACGCUGGCUCUACCAGUGCCAGAUUUGUGAAUGCCUCCUGGGUGAGGUGGACUGCUGGGAGCCCGAGUGCGAGGAUGGUGGAGGGUGCUGCGCCUUUGACACGGGGGAAGCCCCGGGGAGCAAGACCCGGGGCGAAGGGGAGACCUGGCGCACGCCCCACCGCCUCGAGCUCGCGGGCUGCGCGCCACCACACUGCCCCACGUGCCAGGGCGGGCAGUGUGCUACUUUGGUGAGCAAUCUCGCGUGUUGUGUGCAUCGAGCUCGGCGCGACGCGGCGGCGGCGGCAGCCCUGGCCCUGGCGGCGCUGUGGUGGGGCCGCGCCCCACGACCUCACCGCAAGCACCGCGGCGCGCGGCGCUAGAGCCGCCCUGAGCGACCACGCACACCAUAUUUAUUCUAGAUAGACCUAAUGUUAACCAAUUGACGCGGGCGCGCCCCGCUCCCGGCCUUAACUGAGCGAGCGGCGCGCCCGCGCCCCACGCCGCCCGACGCACCGUUCCGCCAUCGGAGGUUCAUCCUCGUCAUAGCAAUAUUAUAGUAAUCGUGUAGAUCAUAGAAGCGUGCCGCGACCCGCGAGCGGUGCCUGUCGGCCGGCCUGGCCUCGGUCCGUCGCGUCUGAAUGCGUGCGAGGUCUAGUGCUAGUCCUGUAGUGCCUGUGCCCGAGUGACUGUGGCGACGGACCGACGCGUCGCCCCCACCGCAUCUGUAAUCUUCGAAUUCUAAAUUAUUGACUAGGAUCGCUUAUAAUUAUUAUCUUAGACAUGUAACGUGUAGCUAUUGUUGUGAGUAUGGUAUAGUGCCGCCGCGUCGGGGGCGGGCGCGUGUUGCGAACUCGCGGGCGGCCGCGGGUCGUCGCUCCCCGGCCUAAUGUUCCAAAUCUCGAUAGUCCUGUAGAUAUUAAGUUUCUUAGGUAAGCCCGCGCACGCCCGCGCAUGCCCGCGCGUUCGCGCCCCUGUUGUAAUAUUUUUUUCUUAAUAUAUUAUAGUUUCUGUUUGUCUUUAUAUAUAGAGAACGUUUUCAUGAAUAUUUUGAAAAUAACCAAAAAUAGGUACCAAAUAUAGAAGAGAUAUGAUUGUUUCUUAAAUUCAAAAAGCAUUUUGAUGCUUGCAUGUUGUAUUGUGUUCAAAAAAUUACGAUUAAAAAGAUAUCCUAAUCAUUUCGUUUCAAUGAGUCGUCCCACCCAUAGGUUAAGAUAAAUAUUGUUACUAUAUCAAUUAUCUGGUCAAUAAUAAUAAAAUGUAUGACAAUAAACAAUUACUUAUAUCCAAAA